GAGAAGAAUUAGCAGCACAGGGCCGAAGAGUGCACGGGAAGCGGGCGCCCGAGCGAUGGCGGGGUGCCAGGCCGGUGCUCUGCGGCUGGUGGCGACCAUAUGGUGGUCCCGUCUGGGCCGCAGGUUUCAGAAUCGAUGUCUUCGGCGAUGGGGGAGAGCUCUUACGACGCGACGAGCAACGACGGCUUGUUGAUUGCGCUGCUGCUCGUUCUGGUGCGCGGGCCAGUCAACUACGUAGGCGCGUGGCGCCAAAUUAUUACAGGGCCGCAGGAGUACCUCGAGAAGCAGCGCAUCAUGGAGCUAUUCAACGAUCUCUGCGCGUCCGUCGCCUUCAACAAACCGCAGGACGUGCGCGCGUUCCUGCUGCAGGAGCUGGCCAAGCGGGAGCGGGAGGGCGCCCAGGCUGGCCUUUUCGAGGACUCGGAGAUCGUCGCUGUCUUCCAGCUGGCCGACCUCAAGUCGCACGGCGUCAUCAGCUCCAAGCAGGCCCGCGCCGCGCUGCUCUCCCUCGCCAGCUCCGAGAGGCAGCGCCUGAACAUCGAGACCAUGGAGCUUCCGGACGAGCUGGACCUGCCGGCGUUCCAGGAGAAGGCCAAGUCAGUUCUUCGAGGAGGCCAGGGCGGUCAAUUACACGCUCAGGCUCCUCGGGCAGUUGAUCUCGCACUACUGCGUGCCACGGCACCGACUGGGGCUUAAGAGGCCCAGCCAUGUUCUGUUGCAGCUGUGGUGCGCACCGUUCCUCCGGCAGAGGCCUCGCUGAGCGGGCCUGUGCAAAGGGCAGUUCGAGACGGGUCUGCCUCCUCGGGCAAUGUAAUCGGGUGCGCACCCACAGACAGAGGGUCUCGUAGGUUCUCCUGAGGCGGGUCUGCCCGACUAUUGGGGUCGCUCCGCUGUGGCUCGUGUCAUGCAGAGCGCUGCCGGGAGACUUGCUGUCGCCUCUCCAUCUUUGCACCCCUGCAUCCCACCGUGCGUGCACACUCUCCUCGCCCUUGACCUUCGAGCCUCGAGCCACAUGCGGUGCUGAACCAAGGUGCUGGCGCCCUGGUCCCCCCCUUCCACCCCAGCAGCAGAGCUUUGCUCGGGGAUGGGGGUGUGGGGGGUGGACGCCCGGGCAGCAACUCCAGCCAAGAUUAAGAGGAGAGCCUGACCUGGGAGCGAGGGAGACAGAUGGAGGUGCGCGCCUUUGACCUCCUCCUCUUCCUCUGCCGCUUUACUUCUCU